AUGCUAAGCAGCCGGCCCCCGCCAGCCCUCGGCAUCACCGCAGAGAGCAGCAUCCCGGCUGGCCUGCGCCUGGGUCCUGUGCCCGGCACCUUCAAACUGGGCAAGUACCUGUCUGAUCGCAGGGAGCCGGGACCCAAGAAAAAGGUGAGGAUGGUGAGAGGGGAGCUGGUGGACGAAGCUGGAGCCUCGGCCGUGGAAUGGAUCGGGCUAAUCCGGGCUGCCCGACAUGCGCAAGAGCAGACGCUGGAAGCGAUGGCAGAUCUGCCGGGGGGACAGAUUUUCUACCGGGCAUUGCGAGACGUCCAGCCGGGAGAGGAGCUGACCGUCUGGUAUUCCAGCGCGUUGGCUGAGUGGUUUGAUAUCCCGGCCACGGCGACUCCGACGCAUGACGAGAAAGGCGAAGAGCGCUACAUUUGCUGGUACUGCUUGCGAACCUACAAGUAUCCCAACAGCCUUAAGGCCCACGUCCACUUCCACUGCGUGUUGAACCACGGCCGCGGCUUCGCGGGAGCGCCGGAGCACCACCGGCCUGGCGAGCUCUUCAGUACAGCUUUGAAGCGGGCAGCCGCGCCGCCUCUGAGGCCCCCGUGCCCGGCCGUGUCCCGAGAGGCUGUCAAACGGGAAUCCGCCGGCUCGCCGUCCUUAGCCAAAGGGGGCGGAAGCGGGCGCAAAGCCGCCAAGGCCGAGCAGGAGCGCGCCUUGGACAUGAGCGUCGGCUCGGGGCGGGGCCCAGGGCAGUUUUGGGGUUUGCUGGGCAGCAACUCCGGGGGCAGCAACGGGGACUGCCCGCUUCCGCCUCUCCUGCCUUCUUUCGCCGUCUACAACGGCGAGCUGCUCUACAGCGCCCCGUACUAUCCACUUAACCUCCACUUCGGCAACUUUCUCAAGUACCCGGAGUCGGCGUCCUAUUUCAGUGGGGCCGCCGCGGCGGGGCUCCAUCCGGCCGAGCUGGGUUCGCUGGCCGGCGUCGACCGCGAGAUGGCCCUGCACGCCCAUCAGCUCUCGGAGAUCGCGGCGGCCGAGAAGAGCCGCGGCCGCCUGGGGACCUUGCCCGCCGCACCCGCCCCGGCCGGCGGCAAGCCCAAGACGGGCCACCUGUGCCUGUACUGCGGCAAGCUCUACUCGCGCAAAUACGGCCUGAAGAUCCACAUGCGGACUCACACCGGCUACAAGCCGCUCAAGUGCAAGGUCUGCUUGCGGCCUUUUGGCGACCCCAGCAAUCUGAACAAGCACAUCCGUCUCCACGCCGAAGGAAACACACCCUACCGGUGUGAGUUCUGCGGAAAGGUCCUAGUGAGGCGCCGAGACUUGGAAAGGCACGUCAAGUCCCGGCAUCCGGGCCAGAGCUUGCCCAAGGGCGGCGCCGAGGAGCUCCAGGAGCCAAAGACGGACAACGAGAGCGACGUCGACGUCUGCUUCACGGACGAUCAGAGUGAUCAGGACAUCGGCGGCGGCGACGGCUGCCGGGCCAAAGAGCAGCAAUAA